AUGUCAGCCGAAGACGCAUUCACAUUCUUGCCGCAGGGCGCCAUCAUCCAAGAGUUCCGCGUUGCGGGGCACAACAUCGUCCAAGGUUUCCCUACCGCGGAGCCUUACAAGACCAAGAAUUCGGCCUACUUUGGCGAGACGAUUGGACGCGUCGCAAACCGUAUCAAGGAUGCCAAGAUCCAGAACUUGAAUGGAAAAUCGUACCAACUUACAGCAAACAACGGACCCAACGGCCUUCACGGAGGUCCAGCUGGCUGGNGAAAGAGAACGUUCGAUGGACCUACCCCUGUCAACAGGGNNGGUGGAACAGAAGCCGUUCAGUUCACAUACCUCAGCAAGGACGGUGAGGAGGGUUACCCUGGAACUGUGGAGCUUCGUGUUUGGUAUAUCGCAAGCAAGAAGAACGAUAGUGGUGUGGAGAAGACGCAACUCGAGAUCGAGUACGAGGUUGAGCUUGUCGGCGACGAGGUCGAUGAGACGUUAGUUUCGGUUACCAACCACAGCUACUUCAACAUCUCUGGACAAGACACCAUCGAAGGCACAGAAGCAACUCUUAUGACCGACCAGUUCAUGGUUGUGGACGAUACAGACAUUCCGACUGGCGAAAUCAAAGCUUUCCCUGGUGUCGAAGCCGAGAAGGCCUUCACACUAGGUGCCGUUGAUCCCGAUAUCGAUCACUGCUUCGUCAUCAACACUGAUGCUUCAAACGUACCCCUUGACACAAGAUCCGAGACUAUGCGCAAGCUGUGCUCGUUCUACCACCCCACCACAAAGCUUCACUUCGAGGCGCUCAGCACCGAGCCCGCCUUCCAGUUCUACACUGGCAAGUACAUCGACAUCCCGGCUGUGGAUGGCGCACCAGCACGCGGUGCUCGUGCUGGCUUCUGCGUCGAGCCCAGCCGUUACAUUGAUGCUGGAAACAACGACGAGUGGAAGAAGAUGGUUCUCCUGAAGAAGGGGCAGACCUACGGAAGCAAGAUCAUCUAUCGUGGAUGGAAGGAGUGA